AGUGGAACAGCUGUUUGGUGUUUCUUUUAUUUAAUUUUUUCUUCCUCAUUUGUUAUUGUGCAACAAAGUUAGAAAAUAGUUAAAUAUGUUAAAGUUGUGCGGCCAUUUAUUAAGGAACCAAGCAAGGCCUUUAAUUGCAAUAAGUGUAAAACAGAAUAUCAAUUACUUGCAAAUUGCCUCAAAACCAUCUCAAAUAUGCUUGUCUCAACGCAGUGCACACACAUCAAUUGCCGGUCCGGGAGCACCAUCCAUAAAAAAUGAAGAAAAAAUAACACCCAUGGGUUGGUUUUUAAUGCUCAUUCCAGUUACAACAUUUGGUUUAGGUUGUUGGCAACUAAAACGUAAAAUCUGGAAGGAGCAAUUGAUCAAGGAUAUGGAAACGCUAACAAAAAUACCGCCAGUGGACUUACCUGAAGAUUUAUCCACCCUAAAUGAUAUGGAAUAUCGUGCAGUUAAAGUAAAAGGUACAUUUUUACACGACAAGGAACUGUUAAUGGGGCCCAGAGGUUUUAUCAGACCGGACGGCGCAGAGACGGCAGGAGGUUUGUUUUCACAGCGUGAUGCCGGUAAUGGAUAUUGGGUUAUAACACCUUUUAAAUUAGCAGGAAGAGAUGAUGUAGUAUUAAUCAACCGUGGUUGGAUAUCGCGUAAAUGUCAAAAACCCGAAUCACGUUUAGCUGGUCAGAUUAAGGAUGAAGUAGAGAUGACUUGUGUGGUGCGCAAGGGAGAACAAAGACCUCAAUUUACACCAGAACAUAAAGGAGGUGUAUUUUUCUAUAGAGAUCUAAAUAAAAUGUGUUCUUUAACUGGUGCCCAACCAGUUUUCCUAGACGCUUCCUAUGCCUCUUCAGUGCCAGGUGGUCCGAUUGGUGGCCAGACUCGUAUCACUUUGCGCAAUGAUCAUUUAUCCUACUUAAUCACCUGGUACAGUUUGUCAUUGGCCACCAGCUAUUUAUGGUAUCGCACUAUAUUGAAAAGAAAAUCUUUUUAGAAAUUAAACUGCAUUUUUGUACUUAGUUAAACUAUAUUGUAUCUUUAUUUUAUUAUUGUUUUUUAAUUAUUCUUUACAUAAUCAUUAUAUGUAGAUAUGCGAAAAAAGAAGAUUUCUAAGUAAAAAUUAAAUUUAAAUACAAGUAAA